AGAUACGCUUGUUCGAGGAGGUGCCUAUUCGAGGAUUUAUGGUUAUUCUCCCUCCCUGCCAUGUUUCAGUGUCGUCACUUUUGUUGAAAACAAGUGGAAAGAUUGGCGGGGAAUUGUUGGCGGAUAUGACCUCGACCAGGAGAUGAGAUUUGCCUCGUAUUUUAUGGAAUCAUGGCCGACUUUACCAAGGAAGUAAGUUCACUUUUAUAGACUAGUGGGAGAGGCCGAAACAGCAGUUCCAAAGGACUAAACAAGUCGGUGUCAGAUUGCAGGCACAGUGUUCCAACUUCCAAAUUUUCAAGCAUGAGUCGUGCACAUAUGUUGUAUGAUGACAAAGCACUUCAGUCAAUUCCAGUCAAAGUAACUACCUGGGAUGAUCCAAAUGGCUGGCAACCUGAACAGAUAUUCAAACUGAGCUCAAGCAAAAGUGGUCUCAUUGUAGAAGGAACUAUUCUUGGCAAGUCAAGACAUCUAAUUAUUGAUAAGGGAAACACAAAACACCAUUACAUUGUGUUUCACAUUGAUAUAAAAAGAGGUUGCAUCAGACGUUUUGACAAAAAUGGAGAAGAAAUUCAGCCAGACUUUGGAGCAAAGCAAAAAGUUAAUACUGGCUACCUGAUGUCUUCUUAUAAGAAUGUCUCAAAAGAUGGAAAAGAUGUUUUGCAAUUGAAGGAUAUUAAAGACAGAUUGAAAACUGCACAACUUGAUAAACUGACAGCAGAAAAGGAGAAUUCAUUUAAAUUUCCUAAUGCAGUGUCACUCUGGGCACUAGAAAACGAUUUCAGUGGAAUGGAAUUCAGUGAAAGAAUGGAUGUUAGGCUAAAUACAACUGGCGAGAAAUGCUACCUUGAGUCAAUGACAUGUCUUGACCUUGAAACAAAGAAUCUUACCACUUACACAACAGACAAACCACUGGGUGGCUCUUGGACUGAUAAGGUGCUAGGUGUAAAAGAUAAAGAGAGUGAUGUUUGUAACAAGAAAGAACAGGCUGAUGAAGGUGAUGGAGUGGCAGAGGAGGAAUGGGAUGACUAACUUGCAGUGUAAGCUACCAUACCAUAUAUGAACUUUUAGAAGCUGAGAUUUACCAAUCAAUAUACAUUAUACACUGCUUGACAUCGACUUAUUGGAGUAUUCAGCUCCAUCCAUUUACUUUCUCAGUCAUUUAAUCUUGUUUGUAAAUUAACCUUUUUCGUUCUGCUUACAAUUUCUUAUAUAUUCAUACUCCCAAUUUAUUUUGUUUGUAAAGAGAAUGGAAUGUCUUUGAUCAACUUUUUUUUAUUACUGUGUGGUUGUUAUUUUUCAAGUAAAAUAACCUUUUCCCAAAUAUUUUCUUUCUUCCUUUUUAUUUUUAAUUGUAAAUGACUGCACCAGAGGUGAAGGGGAGGAAAUUAUUUAGUUAUAUUUGUCCAGUGCUUGCGAUCUUAAAUUUUAGUUCCACUAAUUUUUCAUCAAUUUUCUACUUUCUUUAUCUUGAGUGUAGUCAUUCAUCAAAUCUGAAUUGUAAAAUGGUUAUUUUUUAGUAUUAGUUUUAUUGUAAGUCUGUAUUGUAAUUGAAUUGGUUUAUAUAUAAAUACAUAUAAAUAUAAAUCUUUUCCCUUGUGCUUUCUACCAUGUAGCCAUUUGGUAAGUUCUGACUAUUGAGAAAAACCUACUGGAAAUGCAUCCUUUAUUUCUAUAUUUUUUUUAAUGCUGAAGGUAAAGUUCUUUCCUUGGCAAAAUUAAAAACUGCUGUACACUCUCACACGCAGGAACUGACUUUAAAGUUAUUCAAGUGCACAAUAAAUAACAGUGGCAUUGAAUUGCAGCCCUUAGGAACACAACAGCUAGCUUGCGUCACCGACCAUCCCUGUGGAGGAAUUAGUACUUACUAGGUAAUUAGUAAAACAAAGCAGUUCUUCGUUUUUGAAUGUGAUUUGAACAAUUUUCCUACAAAUCUAGUUCUUUUUGCAACAUACCAGCAUAAACUGAUGGUCAAACAAUGCUGUUUCAAAUAUUCAUCUUUUCUAAGGCAACAAAAAGCAUGAAAUAUUUACAGAAUAACUGUGUUUUAAUUAUUGGUUAGUACAGCAAUUUAAUCAUUUGGCUUCAAAAAAUUUCAAUCAUUUUGCAAAUUGCCCCAGGACACGAGGUCUAGGGGGCCUCAUAAAAUAGUGAAUUGUCUGAAGAAUGGAAUUAAUCAGAUGUAACAAAUAUAUAUCUAAAAAUAGUUAAACAUUUUAAAUGAUUCCAGGAAACAAGUGAAAUAAAAGUUCUAAAGGGCUAGUCUCAAGGGCUCGAUUACGAAAAUUUUCUGCUUGCUCCACUCACAGAGGACCUUGUUUUUCAGUUUUGCCCCAGGGUCUCCAAAACCUGGGCCCCUGUCAAUAAAUACAGUACAAAAAAUACACUUUUUGUUUACGAUUGAUUCGUUAGUCAACAACAUGUUAUUCUUGGGAUUUAAUUUGAUAUUUCCUCACUUUCUACCAAUCAACAAAAUUGUAAUUGUGAAUUGUUCAAAUUCAGUACAUUGCAGUGUAAUUACACAUUUCAAGGCUGUCGCUGCUAGGGGAAACCAUACAGUCAAGGAAUAAGGAAUUUGUAGGGGAAACCUACAGGGAAGUAGGGGAAACCUGGGGAACAAUAGGGGAUCAUCACAACAGUCCAUUGAAAGUCAAAAAUUGUUUUGCUUUAACAGCAAAAAUGAAGAACAUGAUAACAGAACUACAGUUAACUCUGAAAAGGCCAAAAUUGGAAGGUUUGGCCUGAAAAAAGCCAUUCCAAAUGAGCCUGACCAAACUUUUAUUCUUGGCUUUGUGUUAUUCUGCCCACAUAAAUGAUUGUAUCCUUAGCCAACCAAGUAGGAUGCUAGAUUGUUUUCAAGCCAGGCAAAGUGAUUACUUAUUGUUUGUCAAUAGCUCGACAAAAACGUUACAAACAUUGUGCUCACAUGAAACUUCUGUCAAAUCAUCUAGCUCCAUUGAAUGAAAAUUAUGACAUUGGUCAAGAAAAUUUCUGAUAGCUUGACUUUGGCCAUAAUCAUGAUCAAAGGUGAAAAAUGCUCCAUAGAGGAAAGCAAUCCACCACAGGAUAGCAAAUAACUGAGAUGAUGAAGAGGUAUGCGUAGAACAGUAUUUCUCUUUCCUGACUCAUUUUUUAAUAGUGAGAAACAUAUAACUGAAAACUGUUGGUCAGGCUCAGACUGCCAUCUGGCAUCGCAAGUAAAUUCAGUUAUUAGGUUUUCAUCACAAGAAGAAUGUGCACUGACAAAAACAAAAUUUUAAAUCCUUAUUUUGAAAUUUAUGCAAAUAAUCUUUUGUGCAUGCAGUGAUGAAAAAACAACAAUGAAUGUAUGUUCAUGAAAAAGCAGUUUCUAUUGCUUUGCUAUCAAAUAAGAAAGACAGACAAAGCAUCCACUGGCAGCAAUUGUACGCCAUAAAUGAAAAUUCCACCAUCUAUCCAUGGUUGAAUGUGCUUCAUCUUCUGGUAAUUCCUUAUUUAGGACACGAUUGUUUAUAGGCAUCAGAAACUUCAAAGUGUAAGGGUGCAUCGCGCCAAAAACACAUGCAGUCAAAAUCCACCCACAGUUAUCUUCUUGGUUCCCACCACGUGACAAAAGAUACACACCAGCACCACCUAACAUUGGACCAAGAGAUAAUACAGCCAUUGGUGCACAUCUUUCAAAUACCGACUUUGUCACUUUCAGGCAACAGCUUGGUUUUAGACUUCUAGCUGUAGGCACUG